AUGACCGGUUCUGUUGGUGAGAUUGUUAACGUGCUCACCCAUGUGCCGAAUCGUGGGCAUGUUUACACCACCAAGCUCUCAAAGGGUCUGUCAAAUAAUUUCAGUAAAGCUCUUGAUGAUGCCUCAAUAGACUAUCAGAGCUUAGUAUCGAAUAAUGACCCAUUCGCUCUAGUUAUUGAGACUGUCAACAAGAACUCAUUUACUACCGUGCUGACUGAUGCUGAAACACUUCUUUUCAGCGUUCCAUUUCUUAGUGAGGUCAGAUCAGGUGAUAAGCUUAUCGUCCAUGCUAGAUUACCGAAGAACGAUUACUCGAUUGUAUCUGCUUUGAAGGAUCUAGAUUUCGUUGUUUUGCUGUCUAGCUCAGUACAAGAAACACAAGAUAUAGCCUUGGCCGGUUAUAAGUUUCUGACUCAGAAUAAUAAACCUGUACUUCACUUUUUCAACGAAGACUAUUCGGAACCCAUAGUGGAUCAGCUGUCACCUGAGGUGGUUUCUUCAUAUUUGAAAAGUGAACAAGAGCCAUUCGCAGAGAAACUCUCAAUUUAUAACAACUUUGAGUAUUCAGGAGCUAAGAAUCCUUUGGAUGUCGUUGUUUUGUUGGGUGAUUCUGGAAUUUCACCGCCUACUCACACAAUAGAUUAUGGUAUUAUUAACAUCAGAGUUUUCCGACCCUUUGACAUAGAAUCUUUUUUAAAUGUGCUUCCUUUUUCUACUCAGAGACUUGCCAUUGUUGAACAAUCUCCCAAGAAACCUUUCGCACAGUUUCAGAAUUUGUUGUUGGACUUCGUUGGAGAGAUCUCUCUGUUAUUAGAAAGGAAGAUAUUUACAGUUGUUGCAUCCCAGCUGGCCUCUCCUGAUCUGUUGUCAUUGCAGAUGUUAGUAUCAAAUUUGAGACUGAGUUCGCCGGUCCAGAACGAGGUAUUCGGAGAUUCAUCAGAAUUUCAAAAUAGUUCUCUGCAUCUUCGAAAGUACAUCACAGGUGCCCAAGCAUUAGAAGAUGCUUAUUUGAAAAUUCUUAAACAACUGCAUUCUGACGGUAAUUUGAGCAUUCUAAAUCAACAAGAUACAGAGACAACAGGAUCUUCUACUCCUGAGUUUGGCUUUGGUAGAUUUCUUUUUGAAGAGGAACAGCGUCAAUCAUUAGUAAUUCAAGUUCAUAGCAUCAUAAAGAACUCUGCAGUGGUCAAUGAGGAGCUUAUUCAGCUACUCACCAAAUGGUUGGUAUCUGCGAAGUCAAAUUCCAAGUUUUUAGACACCGAUAGACUGUUGCAGCUUCUAAAAGAAAACAGUGCUCUUCCCGAAAUUGAGUCUUUACUGCAGUUGGAAUCUUCAUUGCAUCUGAAAUCAUCAUGGCUGGUAGGUUCAGAUUCUUGGGCAUAUGAUCUGGGAAACUCGGGUAUUCAUAAUGUCCUGUCUUCCCAUAAAAAUCUCAAUAUGCUGAUAAUUGAUUCAGAACCUUAUGGCAAAGUAAAUGCUAAUGGUCUUAAAAAGAAAGAUAUUGGAUUGUACGCGAUGAACUUUGGAGAUGUAUAUGUUGCAUCAGUUUCAGUUUAUUCUUCAUACACACAAGUAUUGCAGGCAUUUCUUGAAGCAGAAAAACAUGAUGGUCCUUCUGUGGUGUUAGCAUAUCUCCCCUACCAUUCGGAAACUGAUAGUGCAUUAGAUGUGUUAAAAGAAUCCAAAAUAGCGGUAGAGACAGGUGCUUGGCCAUUGUAUAGAUACAAUCCGGCCGCACAAUCUGAAAAUGAUAUCUUCAAAUUGGAUUCUUCUGUAAUAAAGCGAGAGCUGCAAAGCUUUCUGGAUAGAGAGAACAAGCUAUCCAUCCUAGCCAAGAAAAGUCCCUCUUUUGCUCGUAACUUAGCCUCUCAAAAUAACAGAGCAAAGGCUCAACAAAGGUUGAAAGCCAAGGCAGCGUAUGAUGAGCUAUUGGAAAGUUUGACCGGUGCAUCUCUGACUGUUGCAUUUGCAUCUGAUGGUGGAAAUGCAGAAUCUCUCGCUAAAAGACUAGCUAGGAGGGGCGCUGGUCGUGGUCUUAAGACCACCGUAUUAUCUAUGGACGAUUUGUCAUUGGAAGAUUUUGCUCUCGAAGAGAAUAUUGUUUUUAUCACUUCUACUUCGGGACAAGGUGAGUUUCCCCAGAAUGGUAAAGCAUUCUGGGAUGGGAUAAAAAAUUCUGCAGACCUAGACUUGGCCAGCGUAAAGGUAUCAGUUUUUGGUUUAGGUGAUUCUCUUUAUUGGCCUAGAAAGCAAGAUGCGCAUUAUUAUAAUAAACCCGCCACUGAUUUAUGGAAGAGACUACUGUUUUUGGGAGCCCAACAAUUGGCUCCUCUAGGUUUGGGUGAUGAUCAGGCUUCUGAUGGGUUUCAAACGGGUUAUGAAGAAUGGGAACCUGCUCUUUGGAUUUCCUUGGGGGUAGAUGGCGCGCCCACCUUAGAUGAACCUCCUCCAAUAACUAACGAAGACAUGAAACGUGAAUCAGAUUUCUUGCGAGGUACUAUUGCUGCAGGACUACAGGACACAUCCACUGGCGCUAUAUCUGCAAGCGAUCAACAGAUGACCAAGUUCCAUGGUAUAUAUAUGCAAGAUGACCGCGAUGUUAGAGAUGAACGGAAGGCCCAAGGUUUGGAGCCUGCUUAUGCUUUCAUGGCUCGGGUUAGGCUGCCAGGUGGUAAUGUUACUCCAAGACAGUGGAUCAAAUUGGACGAACUGGCUGACGUGAGAGGUAAUGGCACCAUGAAAAUUACCACGAGGGCUACAUUUCAGCUGCAUGGUUUGGUCAAACACGAUCUUAAAGCCGCAAUUCGUGGAAUGAACUCAGUAUUAAUGGAUACCCUUGCAGCAUGUGGUGAUGUCAAUAGAAAUGUCAUGUGCUCUGCCUUACCAGGAAAUGCGAAGGUGCACGCUCAAGUUGCCAAGGCCGCUUCAGAUAUCUCAGAGCACCUCCUUCCUCAAACUACCGCAUAUUACGAAAUAUGGCUGGAGGGAGAAGACGAAGGUGACUCCAGUCCCAAAGAUAGAUUGGUAUGGGAAACUCGUAAGGAAGGGCCUAAGAAGAAGAAGGUUAUGGUUGCUGGUAACUCUCUAGUGGAUGUGGAGCCAUUGUAUGGAAAUGAUUCAUUGUACCUGCCCCGAAAGUUCAAGAUAGUUAUUACGGUUCCCCCAUAUAAUGAUGUCGACGUGUAUGCUCAUGAUGUUGGUCUAAUCGCAAUUGUGGACGAAAGCGAUGUGGUGAUUGGUUUUAACGUCUUGGCUGGGGGUGGUAUGGGCACAACGCACAACAACAAGAAGACAUAUCCUCGUACAGGCUCCAUGAUGGGAUAUUGUGACUACGAAGAUGUGAAUACCGUUUGUGAGAAGAUCAUGCUAGUCCAACGGGAUAACGGGGAUCGAACAAAUAGAAAGCACGCAAGGCUAAAAUAUACUGUUGAUGACAUGGGGGUAGACGUUUUCCGUUCUGCAGUGGAAGAACUGUGGGGUAAAAAAUUUCAAGCUGCAAAGCCAUUUGAGAUAAAAUCUAAUAUUGACUAUUUUGGAUGGGUUACAGAUGAGAUCGGUUUACAUCACUAUACUUGUUUCAUUGAAAACGGACGAAUUGAAGAUACUCCAGAUUCUCCUCAUAAGACUGGUCUUCUAGAACUUGCUAAAUACAUGAUGGAAAAGGGGGUUGGAGAAUUCCGUUUGACUGGUAAUCAACAUAUGCUUAUCUCGAACAUCACCGAUAACCACCUCCAGAGAGUUAAACAAUUUCUGGUUGACUAUAAGUUGGACAACACAAACUACUCCGCUUUGCGACUCUCAUCUGCAGCUUGUGUCGCCUUCCCGACUUGCGGUUUAGCUAUGGCUGAAUCUGAACGUUAUCUUCCUGUUCUAAUUAGCAAGAUUGAAGAAUCUUUGGAGGAGUAUGGUUUGAGACAUGAUUCUGUGGUGAUGAGAAUGACUGGAUGCCCUAAUGGUUGUGCUCGACCUUGGCUAGCCGAAGUGGCACUAGUUGGAAAAGCAUAUGGUGCAUAUAACCUAUUAUUAGGAGGUGGGUACCAUGGACAACGUUUGAACAAGCUUUACCGCUCGUCUAUCAAAGAGGACGAGAUUCUGGAUAUACUGAGGCCAUUAUUCAAACGUUGGGCCCUGGAAAGAAACGAAGAUGAGCAUUUCGGAGACUUUUUGAUUCGUGUAGGCAUCAUCAAUCCUACAACUGAAGGUAAGUAUUUCCACGACGACGUUCCUGAAGAAGCCAUUGCAUAA